UGGUUUUUGGUCUCACUCGCUCGUGAGUCGCCUGCCAAUUAUCACUGUUCGGACAAAACCUCUCAAUUUUCCUGAUAAUAAAUCGAUUCACUAACCAAUAAAUUAUGGUGUAAGGUGCCCUUUGACCUUUCCAUUUAAAACAGAUAAAAUUUUAGUGGUCAGUUAUUUAUUAUUGUUAUUGCCCCUGUUAAACUUUGGAAUAGGCCGUAAAUAAAUUUGCACUGCAUUGUGCUUGUCGAUGUCGAGUGAAAGGAAGGAAAAGUAUUGAUUUUCACUUUCUUUUUUAUUUCGGAGAAAGAAACUAAACUAAAUUGAUUUUAUGGUAAACAAAACAAAGGGAUUUUAAUUGCUGGUUAAAAUUUAGUAAAUAAAGACAUAACUUGUUACCUGUUUGAGAAGAAAAUACAACGAAAUUAGAGCUUUACAAAUAAUUUGAUAGUAAAUAAGUAAAAGAUGGCUAGCCAGAACGGAGCAGGAACAGGAAGUGGUCCACCGGAUUUGACUAUUAUUCAUUUUAAUGAUGUCUACGAUGUGGAGAGCCAGAAGAAGGAGCCUAUUGGGGGAGCGGCUCGGUUUUGCACCGCAGUCAAGAAAUAUGCUCAAUUGAAUCCAGUAGUGCUUUUUUCUGGAGAUUGUUUUUCUCCGAGUCUAUUGUCUCAAUUUACUAAAGGGGAGCAAAUGAUUCCGGUUUUGAAUCAUUGUCGGACAGAUUGUUCUGUGUUUGGCAAUCAUGAUUUUGAUUUUGGCGUUGACAUUUUGGCUGACUGGGUGAAAAAGACGACCUUCCCAUGGUUGAUGUCAAACGUUAUAGAUAAUGAGACCAAUCGUCCCCUGGGCGAAGGUCAUAUUACGCAAGUGCUUGAGCGUCAUGGAAGGAAAAUUGGAUUGAUGGGAUUGGUGGAAUGGGAAUGGAUGGAAACUCUAUCUACCAUCGAUCCCGAGGCAGUUACGUACACUGAUUAUGUCGAUGCUGGGAAUGACUUGUCAGCAAAGUUAAGAAAAGAGGGAUGUGAUAUCAUUGUUGCUUUAACGCAUAUGAGAUUUCCUAAUGACUGUCGUCUAGCUGAAAAUUGCAAAGGGAUUGACCUUAUCCUUGGAGGACAUGAUCAUGUAUAUGAUGUAAAAUAUAUCAAUGGAAUUCCAGUCUUGAAAAGUGGGACAGACUUUCGUGAUUUCAGUGCAAUAAGCGUUACAUUUGACAAAGACAAUGCCAACAAGCCUAAGUUUAACAUAGAAAGAAUAUCCAUUACUUCCGAUUAUGAAGAAGAUGCUGCAUUAAAGGCAGAGUUGGAUGUUUUUACUGCCACGAUGAGUUCCAAGUUGGAAGAUAUUCUGGGAGAAUUUCACGUCGAUAUUGAUGGCAGAUUUGAGGUAGUCCGAACGCAGGAGUCUAAUUUAGGAAACUUUGUCUGUGACAUCAUGGUGGCAAGCUGUAAUGGUGAUUGCUCACUUGUGAACAGUGGAACGCUUCGUAGCGACCGGAUUCAUCCUGCCGGCCCGUUUACGAGACGCGAUAUGAUGACGGUUUUACCGAUGAUGGAUUCCCUAGUUGUCCUGAAUGUUACAGGCUCGCAACUUAUAGAAGCCUUGGAAAAUGGCGUUUCUCAAUAUCCAAAAUUAGAAGGUCGUUUUCCGCAAAUAUCAGGUUUACGAUUUGCCUUUGAUCCUUCCAAACCUGCUGGGAAUAGAGUUGAUCCAAAGUUUGUAAAAGUGGGAGAUGAAUAUCUCCAGCCUCAUCAAUCCUACCGUCUAGUAACCAAAGAGUAUAUAGCAACUGGUCAUGAUGGAUAUACAGUGUUGGCAAAUGCGGAAGUUUUGGCCGACUCUGAUCAGUGCCUAGAACUUAGUACAGCAAUUCAAAACCAUUUUCAUGCUGUCCAAAUGGUGGGUCAGGAGGUAGGAUCGGGAACUGCGUUAAAUGCGAAGCAUUCUCGACAUCAUCAAUCGCUGAUUACAUUAUCACGAAGACACAGCUUAUUGCGGUCAAUGAGUGCAGUCCAUGACUUGAACCAUGCUUCGCCAUCACUGGAUAGAUGCAAUUCUCUCUCACCCCGUCCAUCAUUGUCCAGACAGGGUAAUGUCGUUGAAGAAAUGGAGAAGCAAACUUGUUUGCUUAAGCCGAUGGUUGAGGGCCGAAUCGUAGUAAUUAAGGACAAAAAUGUUCUCCACGAUCUGAUGAACGAACGCAAGGAUUGGGAAGCAAGCAGGACUAUUAAGGAAGAAGAUGAAAACGUCAGUCCUACCACACCUACGGUAAUGUCACGCCUUCACGCCCUGUACCAUGCUGCCGUAUCAGGGUCCACCAAUAACCGAUCCCCCUCACCAUCGGAUUUCUCAGACCUUAGUGAUGUACCUGCACCGUGAAUAGUCCUAAAUUAUAGUAUGCCUAGAAUGAAAUACAAUUUAUCCAGUGGCCACCGACCUCGAAUUUGACUACUUAACUAAAUAUGUAGCAAUGUUAGCAAUAAUGUUGAUGAGAUUUAUGUAAGAAACA